AUGGUAGACUCGCGAAGGGAAGAAACAGACACCUACAUUCGCGGGGUCUGCUUUGCGCCCAUUCUACUCGUCAUGGGACUUUUGGUCCUCAUCUUCAACGAAAGCCACGUUCGAACACAACACAAAAUCUUUCGCAAUACCAUCAAAUCAGUCACCAAUGUGGAUGCGGAUUCUCCCAUCAAGACUGAAAAUGAUGGCAAAUUGAUUCAUUUGUAUGGAUGGGCCAAAGUUUCUUCUACAGGAAAGGUGCAAGAUCCCUUGUUUGGAGUUUCCAAGACCGGCAUUGUCAAAUUGAAGCGUUAUGUGGAGAUGUAUCAAUGGGACGAAGAAGCCCUUUCUUCUGAAACCUUUGAAUACAACAAGGCAUGGGAAAAUGAUUUGAUUGAUUCAACGGAAUUUGAAGAACCUGACAAAUAUUCGAAUCCAACUUCCUUUCCUUUUGCUUCCGGUACUUAUUAUGCUGACGCUGACGAUGACGAUGAGGAAGAACAAGAAUCAACCAAACUUGGCAACUAUUUCUUGUCAGCUAAUGUCCUGGAGACAAUGAAUUGGUUCCAAGACUAUGAUGGAACCAUUUCCAUCAAUACUGUUACUGACGAAUCGACCAAGAACAGUCUGCGAAUCUACAGUGAUGAGGAUAGUGGUGAUGUUGAUGGUCCUAGUAAGCAAUAUUACUACACUGGUGACGACCCCACUUCACCCGAGGUGGGCGACGCCCGAGUUUCUUUUCAACAAAUCCCCGAACAAGUGAUCAGUGUGGUGGCCAUGCAAACCAGUGGCGGAGGUCUUGCACCCUUUGAAACGGCGCCAGCAAAACAGCAACAACAAGGCAAAACCAGUACUAUUCUAUUGGUGGAACCGGGAUGGCGCAGUGCCAAGCAAAUGAUGACUCGGGCUCAUGCAAAUGCAACUUUGUGGAAGGGAUGGUUGAGACUGUUUGCGUUCAUUUUGAUCAUUGGUGGAUUCAAAAUCAUCGUGGAACCAAUGUCAGUCAUUGCGGAUGUUGUUGAAGAUCAAUUCCCAUUCUUUGCCGAUUUAGUAUACAGUGCAAGCAAUGGUGCAGUUGCCUACUUUUCAGGAUUUACAUUCAUGACUGUCAUGGCACUUUCGUGGAUUACCUAUGCUCCCCUUACCAGUUUGUUUCAACUUGGAUUGGUGGCCUUUUCAACUCAAAUUGCAAGAAGAAUGAUUCGAUCUGAACGGGUCCCCAAGGUCACUAGUAGGGCGACCUAUGGUUUUGAUCAAUUCUAUGAAAUGCUUCCCAUGGAUACUAGUGGUAGUAACAACGUUGUUUAA